CCGCAGCCAUGACCUCCAGGCUCCUCCUGGUUCUCACUCUCUGGGCAGGCUGCUUGUCCCCCAGUGGAGGGCAAGGGACCCCAGAGGCUGUGAGCCAGCUCAGGGUGCAGUGCCGCGCCUCUAGGUACCCCGUGGCUGUGGAUUGCUCCUGGACUCUGUCACCAACUUCCAAUGCCACAGGGCCAACGUCCUUCAUUGCCACGUACAGGCUGGGCGUGGCCGCGCCGGGGGACAGCCGGCCCUGCCUGCAGCCGGCCCCGGAAGCCCCGCGCUGCUCCGUCCCGGAGGUGCGGCUCUUCUCCAUGGUGCCCCACGUGCUCAACGUCACGGUGCUCCGCCCGGGUGGCACCGCCUGCCGCCUGCUGCCCUUCGUGCCCGAGCGCCUCAUCAAGCCAGACCCUCCUGCUGGCGUGCACCUGAGCCAUGUCUCCAGGCAGCGAUGGCAGGUGCAGUGGCAGCCGCCGCGGUCCUGGCCCUUCCCCGAGGUCUUCUCCCUCAAGUACUGGAUCCGCUACAAGCGUUGUGGAGCCUCCCGUUUCCACCAGGUGGGCCCCAUAGAAGCCACCACCUUCACCCUCAGGUCCGUGCGGCCGCACGCCAGGUAUGUGAUCCAGGUGUCUGCUCAGGACCUCACCGACUACGGAGAGCCCAGUGACUGGAGUCUCCCUGCUGCUACCCCCAUGACCCUGGGCAAGUGAUGGGGGCUCCCCAGCGCCCCUAAUGGGGGGUCUGGAUUCUGUCAUGAGCACCCCCCCACACUGGUGUCUAUUUGAGAGUGGGGGAAUCCAUCCGGACUGGUUUUAAGUUCUGAACUGGAUGUGGCUUCGAAGCUGGGAAACCUUGAGCCAGUGUCUUUGCCCCUCUGAGCCUCAGUUUCUUGGCUUGUGAAAUGGGGUUGUGUCCUCCCCCACUUGAGCACAGUGUGGGGCGUCGAAAACAAGUAUGAAUCUCUGGUAUUUUUUUAUC